UUCCACGUUUGUGUCCUACAUGCAUCAGACGUUUAGCCAGCGGUCGGUGUGCGUGAUUGUCUGAGUCUGAGACUAACUUAGCAGCUCACAGGCGACAACCGAUCUGUCUGUGACAGUUGUGUUAAUUAAAUCCUCUACUUCCUUUUUGAAAGGAAUUAUUUCUCAGGGAAAAGAAAUAAUGUGGCAUGUAGUGCUUAUGCUCAUUGGAGCUCAUCUGGCCUGUGCUAGAACACACUCUCUGAGAUACUUCUACACUGGUGUUUCUGGAAUCAAUGACUUCCCAGAGUUCACUGCAGUUGGUCUGGUCGAUGAAGGGCAGUUUUUUUACUUUGACAGCAACACAAAUAAAGCUGUGCCAAAGACAGAGUGGAUCAGACAGAAUGUGGGAGAAGAGUACUGGAACAGAGAGGCUCAGAUUGAUAUUAAAGCACAUCAGAUCUUCAAAAUCGUCAUCCAAAACAUGAAGGGACACUUCAACCAGUCAGCAGGUGUUCACUCAUGGCAGCUGAUGUACGGCUGUGAGCUGGAUGAUGAUGGCACCAAAAGAGGAUACUAUCAGUAUGGUUAUGAUGGAGAGGAUUUCCUCAGUCUGGAUAAGAGCACCCUCACCUGGACUGCUGCUAGUCAUCAUGCUGUCCUUACCAAGAACAAAUGGGAGACUGAUGAAAGACAGUUAGCAGAAUACUGGAAAGCAUAUCUGGAGAACACAUGCAUUGAUUGGGUGCAGAAGUAUGUGAGAUAUGGGAAGGAAACUCUGGAGAGAAAAGUCUUUCCUCAGGUGUCUCUGCUGCAGAAGUCUUCCUCGUCUUCAGUCUCGUGUCAUGCUACAGGUUUUUACCCCAGUGGAGUAACAAUCUCCUGGCAGAAAAAUGGACAAGAGCAUCAUGAGGAUGUGUAUCUUGGUGAACUUCUUCCCAAUGAGGAUGGGACCUUUCAGAGGACGAGCACCAUCAAAGUUUCACCUGAGGAGCUGAAGAAGAACCAGUUCAGCUGUGUGGUGGAGCAUCAGGGUGAAACCUUCAGAAGCAUUUUGAAAGGUGCUUCUGUCCCCAUCGGCAUCAUUCUUUCUGCUGUUGCUGGUGUCUUCCUGUUGAUUGUCACUGCUGUUGCUGGAUAUAAGGUCUAUCAGAAAAAGAAAGGCUUUAAACCUGUCAAUGCGUCUGAUGACGGUUCAAAUAGCUCAGCUCGUUCAGAUACAAAAACAUAAAGAUGAGACCAGAUGAGUGCAAGAGAUGAGGUAAAUUUGAUGAUUAUCCUGCUGUCCAUCUUGUUUACAAUACACAAACACACACUUUCUCUCUCACUCACACACGCACACACACACACACACACACACACACACACACACACACACACACACACACACACACACACACACACAUUUGUUUUUGUGAAAAGUGGGUUCAUCCCAUAGGCGUAAUGGUUUUUAUACUGUACAAACUGUAUAUUCUAUCACCCUUCACCAACCCUACACCUAACCCUAACCAUCACAGGAAACUUUGUGCAUUUUUACUUUCUCAAAAAAACUCAUUCUGUAUGAUUUAUAAGCGUUUUGAAGAAUGGGGACAUGGGUUAUGUCCUCAUAAGUCACCCUCUCCUUGUUAUACCUGUGUCAUACCCAUGUCAUUAUACAGAGUUGUGUCCUGAUAUGUCACAAAAACAAGAGCAUACACACACACACACACACACACACACACACACAGGAUCAUAGAUUUCGGUGACAGGAUUGAUUUUGGGCAGAUGUGGCCUAAUGGUUAGAGUGUUGGACUUGUAACCCGAACUUUGCAGGUUCCAGUCUCGGUGCUGGCAGGAGUUGUACGGGGGGUUGAACAGUGCUCUCUUUCACCCUCAAUAGCCAUGGCUGAAGUGCCCUUGAGCAAGGCACUGAACCCCCAGUUGCUCCCCGGGCGCUGGAUAUAUAGCUGCCCACUGCUCCGGGUGUGUGUUCACUUCUCACUGCUGUGUGUGUGCACUUGGAUGGGUUAAAUGCAGAGCACCAAGUCCAAGUAUGGGUUACCAUACUUAGCAAAUGUCACGACUUUUACUUUCAUUUAUAUCAUGGUUCCUUAUUAAUCACAUCUGCAAAGUUUUUGUUUCAUCACACUUUAUUAUUGAUUGUGAAAAAAGAGACACUUUUGAAUGUGUGUACAGUCAGUCAUAGUAUAGUAUAGCAGUCCUCUCUUUUGUAUGAGAUGUUUCUAGAAAGACUAUUUCUGUGGGAAAUAAAAUAUGAAAUAAUUCAGAGGGUAACAAGUCAUGGAAAACUAUCUCCUGCAAAACUUAAAAUAACCUCUGUACAGUACAGUACAGUAAACUAUAGAUAUUUUCCUUGAUUUGAGGUUACUAAAUCUAAAUGAUGUAAAUAUUUGUAUAUAUUAAUUGCCUUUAAUACAUUGUAAUCUUAAUUUGAUUCUUUAAAAUAAAUAAACUUCACAGAAAGGGGCAGGUGGUGAAUGUC